GACUUUUCUUGUGCCUUUUUUGUAUAAGGAACAAGCGGUAGUCUCUCCAAGGGCACGGCCAAAGGAAACAUAGGACUUGACCCAAGGCUGAGUUUUGGAAAGGCUCUUCUUCCUGGUACUGAAGGUCUAGCUUCCUCCCACAAGCCACCUAGAUGGACCUCCACCAGUUCAGAACCAGGAGGCCACAAGAUGCGCCACGCAGAGGGUGAGGGAGGACCGGAACAGGGACAAGGAGCAGCCCGGUCGCAGCAAGGGACAGAGAAGAGCAGCAGCCAGCGUGGGGACCGCCAGCCAGGGCCGCCGCGCGCGGGAUCACGGUGAGGGGGCGUGGCUUCCGCCGGCGCGGCCCCGCCCCUUGAGCGCCGGGCGGUCACGUGACGGCCGCGCGCGUCCCCGUCCGCUGCGGGCUCCGAAGCGGAGGAGAAAAGACUGCGAGGUGGCUGCGGCGGCGGCCGAGAGGUGGGCUCCGGGCCGGACCGAGAAAGGGCUAUGUGACAUUGUUUUUGAGGAUGUGGAAAUGGAACCGUCCUCUAUAAUUAGCACAGAGAAUGAACCAGCAGCACGAGAGAGAACACUGCAAAUUAGCUGACAGCUGGUGAAGAAGAUGCUUUAUUCUCGUGACCGGCGCCUGUGGGAUCUGUGAUGGGAAUGUAAGAAUAGCCUCUAGAGCAUCACAGCUUCGCUGAAGCCAAUGGAGAUGGCCGGCUGUGGUGAAAUUGAUCACUCAAUAAAUAUGCUUCCUACAAAUAAGAAGGCAAAUGAGUCCUGUUCCAAUACUGCACCUUCUCUGACAGUUCCUGAAUGUGCCAUUUGUCUACAAACAUGUGUUCACCCUGUCAGUCUGCCCUGUAAGCAUGUUUUCUGUUAUCUGUGUGUAAAGGGUGCUUCAUGGCUUGGGAAGCGAUGUGCUCUUUGUCGACAAGAGAUUCCUGAGGAUUUUCUUGACAAGCCAACCUUGUUGUCACCAGAAGAACUUAAGGCUGCAAGCAGAGGAAAUGGUGAAUAUGCGUGGUAUUAUGAAGGAAGGAAUGGGUGGUGGCAGUAUGAUGAGCGCACUAGUCGGGAGCUAGAAGAUGCUUUUUCCAAAGGUAAAAAGAACACGGAAAUGUUAAUUGCUGGAUUUCUGUAUGUUGCUGAUCUUGAAAACAUGGUUCAAUAUAGGAGAAAUGAACAUGGACGUCGCAGGAAGAUUAAGCGAGAUAUAAUAGAUAUACCAAAGAAGGGAGUAGCUGGACUUAGGCUGGACUGUGACACCAAUACUGUAAAUCUAGCAAGAGAGAGUUCUGCUGAUGGUGCGGACAGUGGAUCAGCACAGACUGGAGCUUCUGUUCAGCUUGCAGUGCCAUCUUCUACAAGGCCCCUGACAUCAGUUGAUGGUCAGUUAACCAGCCCUGUAACACCAUCCCCUGAUGCAGGCAUUUCUUUGGAAGACUCUUUUGCUCAUUUACAACUCAGUGGAGACAGCAUAGCUGAACGGAGUCACAGAGGUGAAGGAGAAGAAGAUCAUGAAUCGCCAUCUUCUGGCAGAGUACCAGAUACCUCCGUUGAAGAAACAGAAUCAGAUGCCAGUAGUGAUAGUGAGGAUGCCCCUGUGGUAGUUGCACAGCACUCUUUGACCCAACAGAGACCUUUGGUUCCAAAUGGAAACCAGACAGUAGCCGACCAGUCAGACCGAUCAGGAACUGACCGAUCAGUUGCAGGGGGUGGGACCAUGAGUGUCAAUGUCAGAUCCAGAAGGCCUGAUGGGCAGUGCACAGUGACAGAGGUUUAAGCAAAUGUCUUCCGCACCACACUCAAGGGUAAAAUGGAUACCUGUAAAUUUCUGCCCACGUAACAUUAUACUCAUCCUUAGUAGUGCGUUGUGGGAGUUGGGGGGGAAGGGAUAUGGGAAAGACAGACCUGAAAUUAAAAUGUCUAACAUGUCUCUGCUGAAAUUUAUUUAAUGUGAGGAACUGGGGUGUUGAUAGUUGAGAGCUGUUCAGUAUAACACAGUUUUCUUGACAUCUGUUUAUAGUGUAUUUUUUUAAGUUUUUAGUUCUUUUGGCUAGUGUGUCCCUGUGCAUUAAUGGUCCUCAUCUGACUCUUGCACUACUUAUUUUUUCUGCAUGGAUUGGUAUAAAAUCUUCAAUAAAAUUUGGCACCUGUGAGAUAUUUGAUAUCAUUAUGAGCAGGAAGCUUGAUGUGAAUUUGGGAUUUUAAAAUAGAUGAUUAACAACUAUAGUUGGUCUUCUUGAGAUAGAAAUGUAAAGCUGCAGCUAAUAAGUUUCAGAAUCUGUAACGCACUUCAUGGUGUUCCCUUCCAUAAGAUUUGCUGUCUUGUCCUUGUACUUGGAGGUUUCUCUUAGUCUGCAUUUUUCUUUUUGAUUAAAAAAACUUUAUAAUUUAAUAAAUACUAGAGUUUAUCAGAAAUAAUUUGUUUGAGUCUGGAAAAGGGAUGGGGACACUUUGGUAUUUGUGGCUAAAGAGCUUUUUUAAAGGUGAGGUUUGAAUUGAUUGCAUUCUAUUCAAACUGUUCCUUACUCAAGAAGUAAGUCUGAUUUCUUCAGAAGAGAAUAAGGAAAGAGAAGCUAUCAAUGGGCGCUGUGUUUGGAAUAAACAAAUGUGGAAAAAGAUCCAUAGGUCGUGAGAUUUAAAUUUCUCAAGCAGCUAAUAUCAUUUAUUUACAUUUACUUUACCAGGCUCCAUCAGUGGUAUUUCUGUCUGGGCUACAAGCAUAGUGUUAUAGAACCAAUAAGCCCACUUUAUAUGGAUUGACAAGGGAGGAAAUACUGGCGAACACAGAAUUGAGAAUUUGUCCCGGAGAAAACACAUCUGCCUGUGUUUCCUUUAAAAAGUGGGGUCCUGUAUUUACACACUUCUAAAUUCCCUGUAUUCGAAUUAUCACGUUAACAGAGUGCGAAAACAAACAACAAAAAGGUGAUUAUUUUGAGUGUCUUUUACCUCUUGUUGAGACUGGUUAGAAGUUAAUUCUUAUACAGUUUUUAUGGAACAAGUAAAUUCUGGAAUGGACAUAAAGUUUGGGUUAUGUGUUUCUAUUAAAUUUAGUUAUUAAAAGAUAGCCACACAAAAAGUUAGGUAUUGCUCAAAAAUCUGGUGAAAAUGAAAAGGAUGCUUCAUGAGUCUUUAAAUCAAUACUACUGCUUUACUAUUAACAUGAAAAUCUCAGAGACCAAUGCUCUGCUACUUUGUAUAGCCAGUAGAAUGGCUUUCACUGUUUAGUAGGUCUUUUGAAAUAGAAGACAGAUGGUUGAAAAGGCCAACAAAAACUCCCAUGACAGAGGGGCCUUUUUUUUCUUUAAAUGAAGAACCAUUUCACAUCAGUAUCCUAUGUAUACAGAACACACACACGAAAAUAACUAAUAUUUCUUACAUGCCUCUCUAGUCUCUCCCUGCCUUUUGCUUCCUAUGAAGGAUAUAUUAAGUUAUUUUAAAUUUUGUUUAACUUUGCUUUUGUAAAUUAUUUCGACUUAAGAAAGACCAAAACAGCCAGAAACAGCAGUAUUAACAAGUGUUUGGGAGGCGGUAGCAGGAGUGUCAGGAAUUCACGUCUACCCUUGGCGCUACAUAGCAAGUUUAAGACCCUCUCUUAAAAGUUAGUAUGUUACAAAGCAUAAGCCUGGGCUAAGAAUUACUACAGGAAUGUAGAAAUUGGUAUAUGUUAAAUGAUAAGAAAGACAACAGAGCACUGAAUUACAAUAUGGAGAAGGCCCCCCGAGCCAACUACGCAGAUUAGCAGUCCCCUUUGAAUGACUUCCGCAGCUCAUUUCUAAUCAUCUCACCUCCAUGCAUGUUCCCCUGCAGCUUCACCUGUACUACACUCAUUUUAAAGGCUAUUUAGUAUGCUUUCCUUUCUUAGCAAUAGCCUCUAAAUUUGCAGGUCCACCCCACAGUGUUUCCAAAACGUCUCGUUCAUUCUGUAACGCCUCCUCUAUAUACAGUUCUCGGGCAGAGCAGACAGAUUUUUUUAAACCCCUAAUGACUUGUGGAGGCCCACUGACAAAUUUCUCCAGCCACUCUUGUGCCUGUUCUAGAGCCGUAGUUUCAUCUGAGGGCUGUAAGACCUCAUCAGUCAAGCCUAUAUUUAAAGCUUCCUUGGAAUCCAGUUUGAGAGUCCCACUUAACACUUUGAGAGCUUGUCUGCUGCCAAUGAUUUCAACCAGACGGCUGGUACCACCCCAGCUUGGAACUAUACCCAUCUCCUUGUGGACAAAUCUGAUCACACUUUCCUCAGUCAUCAACCUGUAAAAACAAAAAUAAGAACUGUAACUAUCCACAUGUACGAGAACCAUGGUCUCACAGGAAAUCGCUGAUCUUUUUAGGCAGACAUAAAGUUGUUGGAAAAUGUCCCCAGCUAGAAUUUAACUUACCAUGUACUGUUCAAUAAACUCUUGCUUUUAAACGUAA